GUUCCCAGCUAUCGUCAGUCAUAAUCAAUAUAGGAGACUGACUGAGCUGCAUUUCAAAAUCCUGUUGAUAAAGCCUCCAGACUACAUAAAAAUUGCCUAUCUUGUUACUGAAGAAAGUGACCGAAGAAAAAUAUUCUUAAAGAGAUUACUUACAAGGUCUGUUAAUUUGUCCAUCUUUUCAGUGAUGAGACAGUGCUGGGAAGUAUGGAUAAAAAUAUUGGAGAGCAGCUUAAUAAAGCUUAUGAAGCCUUUCGACAGGCAUGCAUGGAUAAAGACCAUGCUGUGACAGAACUGCAGCAAAAAAUAGAUAACUAUAAGCAGCAAAUAUCUGAACAGCAGGAACAGAUAGCGUUUCAGAAAAGUACGAUUACAAAACUUAAAUCACAGUUGGCUCCUGUGAAUGCUAACAAAGGUAGCGCACAUGGCCGCAUUCUAGUGUCUGAAGAUAGUGAAACAUGGAGAAAUGACACCUCCCCUAAUCUAACUUUUGAUCAGCUCCAUGAAAAACUCAAACUAGCAAUGCAAAGAGAGAAACUUUUAAAGGAACAAUUGGAAACAGAGGGCAUUAAAUUGAAGCAAACUGAGGAAGAAAACACUCUAAAGGAAAAUAAACUUGUAUCUAUUAUUGCCAUUAAAGAAGAAGAAAUAAGGUUUCUAAAAAACAGAUUAAAAGAAAAAAGUGAAGCACAGGAUUGCAUACAUAUGCCAAUAUAUGAAAUGGAGAUUAAACAUACGAAGAUUGCUCCAGCUAGACAGGAUUUAUCUCCAGGGAUCCCUGGUAUUUUAACUGUGCAUGAAAGGGAAGAUCUAGAGAUGGUUUUCCAGGAGAUGAAGGAAGAAUGUCAUCGAAUAUGCACACUAGCAAGAAAGCAAACAGACCAACUCAGUAAACUUAACAUAAAGAGAGAACCUGUAAAUGAAAUUCCGUUUUCCAUGCCUAUUCAGUGUACUGAUAAAACUGAUGAACAAGCAGAAGAACUUUUUAAACCUCAGGUUAAACCAGAUAUAAAUAGAGGUGUAUCAUGCACAACAUCUAUCACACCAAGAGGAGUGGGCCAAGAUGAGGAAGACAACUCUGUAGAAUCACUUUCUAAAUUGAAUGUCAAGUUUCCACCUACAGACAAUGACUCUACUUUCUUACAGAGCACUCCAGAUAAACCAACAGUUCCUUGUACUGCAAUAGCUGAAAAUAUACUUCAAGAUCAUCAUUUUAACAUGAAGCAUGAAGACCAUACUAUGAACCGGAGUAAAUUGGAAUGUAACCCAUUUGAAACUCAUGGAGUUGACCACAUAACUAUGCAAAACCUAACUACACUUGACAAAACAAAACCCCCAAGCCAUACAACCAUGCUCAAACAGAAUACUCAGGACAAAACACCAUGUUUGAAAACAGCAGACAUUGGUACGAAACUUGUACAUCCAUACACAAAUCAAGAUGCCAUUGAAUUAAAUUUUCCCUCUUCAGAGGCCACUGGGAGGGCUGUCAGAGGACCUCAGCAGCCCUUCUGGAAGCCAUAUCACACUCAAGAUAAUAACUUACUGGCACAAGGUUAUACAGACUCAGAACUGAAGCAGUCUGGAAUAUGUGAAUUCUGUCAAAAAGUUUUCCCACCAUCUACUACAUCCAGGGGGGAUUUUCUCAGGCAUCUUAAUUCACACUUUAAAGAACAAUCAAUGUAUCCGGAAGCAAGCUGAAUAAGACUUUGUAGAGAUACUGGGUUGCACUUUUGUAUAUUUUUAAUUCAUGUGUGUAUGUUAACUUCAGAAUUAAGACUAUGUUCAUAAUGAUGUCACUGAAACUGUUUUUUAGUUAAGUUCAUUUCAAUUUUUUAAAAUUACAUUUAACGUUUGAAAUUUUAUGCAUUUAAGUUAGCCAGUAGAAAACUGUAAUUCAGUUUCACUUCAGUAUGUCAUGUUGCAAUAUGAUCUUUGGGCCUGAUCCUACAAACCUUUUCUUACGCAAGUUACCUUCACCUGAGUAGUCCCACAAUAAUUGACUACUUGUGUAAGUUAAGGACUACUUGCAUGAGUACAUGUUUGCAGAACUUGGCCUUUAAUUUGGGGAGAUAAAGUGUGAGCAGUCCUAUCCAUUUUCCUCAGUGCCCUUGGGCCUGAUCCUACUCCUACUGUAGUAAAUAGAAGCAGGAACAGGCCCCAAGAACAUCUGAAGGGCUAGGGUGGAAUGUCUAAAUUUGACUUAAGACAGGUUCAGUGUUGUAUUUUUAUUGCAGAUAAGAUUCUUAUAAAAUCACUAGAGCAGCCAAGUAAAAGGUAUGUCAUACUUAAGAUACAUUUGUCUCUUGUUUACACUUAUCUCUGCCAAUGACGUAAUAAACAGAUUUGUCUCAGAUACAAAACAAUACUCGCUCUCUGGCUAAAAUGAAGAUAGCAAUGGUAUGUAUCUUUGGCAGAGGUGCACUAUUAAAUAAUGUAUAUUGUCAGCAUUCAUAACUCAUGGCAAAUACCUAUUCCCCUGUGGGAGCUGACGUAUGCUUUUACAUAGAGAGAAGAUGAGAUGAACCAGGUUACGCUUUUCCCCUAAAACUACAAGUUCAAAAGAUAAUUUUGCAUUUCUUGUGGGUUCCCUACUGGCUGUUACUCAAACACAAGGGAAUUUUUUAAAAAAUUGAACACAAGUCUUCAGCCCAAAAUACUCUCUUAAACUAAAAAUCACUUUUAAACUAUAAUUUAAAUUUUGAUGGCUGUGUGUGUAUUUUAUGAAUGCUAGAUCAGCUAGCUUGCAUUUUGUUUUUAAACAGUUGACUUGCAAGGAUCUCUUCCAAGAGAGCUGUCUGCACUUAAGUCUGGACUGGAACUGUUCAGUCAAAGUGGUUGUUAGCAUUAAUAUAUUUUCUAUAGCUACAGGUAAGCAUGGCGCUAACUUCUCUCUCUUUUCAAAGAUUUAUGGGGUGAGGGUCACCAUUUUACAAAGCUAAAGGGAAAUAGAAAUCUUGCAUCGUUUUCAGAAGUGGAUUUUUAAGUCACUGGAGAAUGCUCCUACACUAAACAUUUUUCUACAACUAUUUACUGUAGUUUUAAGUGCCUGCUGUGUAUGUGACUAGCUGUUGGCUGCUGAUGUACUGUAAUAAAGUACAGGGUACAGUGCUUGUCUGUU